AUGGCUGACGGGAACUACAGCCUGCGCAGCCGUCGAUCCCGGCGCUCGGCGUCGACGUCUUCGGAGGACUCGGAGGACUUGGAGCCAUUUCCGAGACGCAGCACUCGACACUACGGCGACUAUACGCCAGAGCCCGUGCAGCGUACGCUGGAGCUGCGCUCUGGAGACCUGGAGGACGACGACGAAGAAGAUGAGGACAGCGACUUUGAGGAGCUGGACGACUACCGCGGCACAGUGUACCGCAGCACGACGUACCGUCCUCCGCAGGUAGACGCAGGAGAUGUGAACGAACCUGAGAGCGUCCACGAAGAGGAGGAAGAGGAGGACGUAGACGAGCACGAGCACGAGACGUCGGGGCCUGACGUGCGACGCUCCGAGCUCAAGCGACGAGCGGCGGGGGCUGCCGCUUACUUCAAGCAGCCGCAGAACGCUGGUGGACUGUGGCAGAAGAUUACAAGCUCCAAGGUCGUGAAGACGACGCUCAAGCUGCUACGGCGACUGUGGCGCUUCGUGCUGCGCAACUCGUUCAUGGCGGUGAAUGUGCUGUGGCUGCUCGCGCCGCUCUGCUGCUUCGUGAUUGCAAUUACAGUCCCGCAGUACUUGACGACGGCGAUCCAGUAUGUGGACGUGCUGUCGUCCAAGGUGAUUGGGGUUCGAGGAACUGCGGAUGCUGGCUUGGAGAAGGGAGCGAUGCGGUCACUCGUGCAGGAGAUCGUUGACGUGAAGCUCGUGGGGAUGAACGAAGAGAUUGGAGUGUUGCGGCAGACUGUACAGACUCAGGAGCGUGAGAUCGAGGCACUGAAACUCCUUCAUGACACGUUGCGUCAUUCCCAUGAUGAAGCUCAGCAAAAGUUCAGCCUAGCAGAAUCUGACAGUGCUAUCACCGUCCACAUUGAGAAAGUUGUUGCCAAGCACACGGAUGAACUGUGGGAGAAAUUCAUGGACACCACUGCGCGCCUACAGCAAGAUGUUCGCAUCGCAACGAAGCAACAGUCGGUGCUCUCAUCGGUAGUGAAAGAGCAGGAAGAAAAGAUGGACUCCGUGGAAAACAUCGUGAAGAAGACAGUUGAAGCGACCGCAGAUGCUGCCGAUGAUCAUGCACGUGAGCGUGACAUGCAGAGAGAAUUCAUCGCCUGGCGUGACUCAUUUGAGCGCGAUCUGAAGUCCGAGAUGAAGAGUAAAGUACAGGACAUCGAGGACCGGAUGUCCAAGGUGCUGCAGGAAGAGAAGCAGGCACUUUCGUCGAGUGCAGACGCUCUCCGCGGUCUGGAUGCCACUGAUCCAGGGAUCCUCCGCGUGAUUGAGGUAGCGGUCCAGGCUGUUGAGAUCAAGAAAACGGGGCGAGUAGACCACGCCGCUCUUGCCAAUGGUGCCUCUGUUAUUCACUCGGAACGUGACCUACUCUACCAGGAGAGCUCGUCACCGGUGCAGCUCUUGACUCAGCUUUUUGGACUGUACAACGUUGGGGAUGAUGGUAGAUUUACGUCUCCUUCAUUCCGCCACGCUCCAGCUCCAUUCCUGGGACAGUUGUUGUCAUCGGGCGAAAUUCCUUGGUGGCUAUCACGCCAUAACGGCCGUCCAGAAACUGCCCUAUCGGAAACAAUGGAAAUGGGUAGUUGCUGGGGCAUUUCGGGUUCAUCGGGUCGUCUAUCGGUGAAGUUUGCUCAACAAAUUGUUGCAGACGCCAUCACCAUCGAUCACAUCCCGGCCCAAAUCGCCUCUGACUUUUCCUCUGCUCCGAACGAGUUCCGCGUUCUGGGUAUAUCGGGCCAUCCGCUGCGUGAGACUGUUGAAUUUGUUCCCUUUGGAAACUUUUCAUACGCCAGCAACGGACCUGCCAGCCAGACCUUCAAGCUGACGUCGCCUCUGAGUCAGCGUUCAGCAAUCGAUGGCAUCACCCUAGAGGUGCUGUCAAACCAUGGCAACCCCGAGUAUACGUGCCUGUAUCGCUUUCGGGUGCAUGGUCAACCUGCUUGA